GAAAAGUACCGGCCUGCUAGUUGAGUUGCGCGGCGCACCCAUACUGAUUUCGAUUUCUUCACGAACCGAAGUACGAUUUAUUUCUUAAUUACGGAGCAGAUUUCGACCUGAAAAUAUCGUCCGAAAAUUGAAAAGAAAAGGCUCUUCAGACCAGACGGCAAAAUGACGAGGCGAGUCGAAAAUCGAAUGCAGCGGGUACCUUCAUCAUUGCUGUUAUACUGCAUCUGUACAUUAGUCCAAGCGGUCACCGUUGAAGCCUUGUUCUUGGAACGAGGCCACCGUGGGAUUGUGCCCUGUCCAAUGAGCAUAUCUUGCAAAAAGCUGGUAAAAGACGUCGACGCGAUGUACUGGUUCUAUGGCUCACUAAGCGACACAUUCCUGCUCAUCUCAUACUUCAAGGGAAGAGUGGCUCCCCAAAACGGGAUCCCAGAGGGCGUCUAUGAUAUCGACGAUGAGUGCAAUCUCAUCAUUGAGAACGUCACCGCCUCCAAUGCGGGAACCUACUUCUAUAAGCUGAAACCGCGUUUUAAAAGUACGACAGAGGGACAGAUUGAAGUUCGUGACAAGGUCUCCCCAAGUCGACCAUAUCCCACCGUCAUCGACUGCAAUCAGGACCAUGAUGCAGACAUGUGCGAGGUGAGAGUACGACACGACAGCACGGUGUACAACCUGACCUGCAUCAUGGAGCAGGUCAAACCUGCCGUGGAAUUGAAGUGGUUUUUGGGCGGGCUGACGGAAUUCAAGGCCUCAACAGCAGACAGGCCUGUAGUUCUACCGGCUAACACAGGUUUGUGGUUGAGGAACAACACCUAUUCAACUUCAGCAACAAUCCAAGUUCCUUCGGAUGACAAUGACAUAGAAUAUGUAUGUGAGGCAAUGGGUGAUGUUGCAGUAGGACGCAGUACUACACGCACGAGGGUGCGCCUUACCAAAACUAAACCCACAACGGCAACUUAUGAUGAAGUUCAGUCCUCCAGCAAUCCAGGAACAACGCUUGCUUUGACAGACAGUAUUCCAAUUCCCAACAAACCCGUCGAUUUGAGUGUGAUAUGGGCCGUGGUGGCUUCAAUCGUAUUCAUCGGCUUUGUCGCUGCCUGUGUCUACAUUGUCUAUCUAAAGAAGAAACAAAGGGAAUUCAUUCGUGCUGAAACCUGUGCCUAUGAGCCUCCGGACCUCUCCAUGACCUGUCUUUGGGCAUUUACACCAGGUUGCCCUUUCUCUUGCUACAAUUUUAGACAGAAUGAUUUCUAACCGUAAUCACCCCAAGAAAUAUUCAUGUUGUUAUUUUUUCGUGGCAUUCAACAAGAAAAAAAAUUACAAAUCUGUUGGAGAUGAGGCAUUUUACUCUACACAUGAACAAUACUAGUGCAAACUACCUCCAUCGAGUUUAAACGGAGCCCAUCACGUGAAGUCAAUUCUGGUCAGGAGCCUGGAAGUAGAGGAGGGCAAGGCUGUUUUACUGGGAGUUCAUGUAACAUUUCUUUAGUUUUCUAAUUUUGUGAAUAGCUUAAUUUAUAUCAUAGUUUUUUACAGGUUAAUUGGCUGAAUCGCGCUGAAUUUUUGUUUCAAAAAUGUGAAUUUUUGUUUUGGUGGAAAAGAUAAAAAUGUCAACAGCUGCGCAGGAAUUUCUUAAAAGUUAUGCAUGACAAAUUUAGAAAUGUUCUAUGCAAGUUGGAAUUUUUCUACCUUCUUUGUGUAUUUCAUAUAUUUUUUUAAAAAUAAUUGUUUUUUUUAAUUUUCAAAGCAGCUGAAUGGACAAAAUUAGCGCUGUCAACAUGUCACCUCUUCGUCUGACCUACAGUUAUGGGGUCAAAUUAAGAAAUGUUCUAUGCAAGUUGGAAUUUUCCUACCAUCUUGGUGUAUCUCAUAUAUAUUUUUAAAAUAAAUGUUUUUUGUCAUACUAUUAUCAGCUAAUUUUAUACAUGAACUGAAACAACUAUAAAGUAUAGACUUCUAAACAGUCCUGGUCGCAAAAUUUAUACUGAAAUAUAAUUAGGUUUGCAAACGAAAUAUCUUAUUACUUUUAAAUAAAAAAUAAUUAUUUUCUCAGAAAUUUUGAAUAAUAGAAAUAAGAUUGUAAAAAGACAUGUGGCAAUUUUUCCUUAAUUACUUUUCUUUCAAAAUAAUUCUAUCAUAUAUCUUAAGCAGCGACAACCAGGGGCGUAAAUCCCGGGGGAUGGAAGGUAUGUAUCCCCCCCCCCCCUUUACUUUUUGACCGGGGGAUGGGCUAUUGAAUCAUCCCCCCACUUUUUCGUGAUGACAAAAGCAAAAUGGGGAUUUUGAGGUAUUUUUUUAACAUCCCAACAACCCAAAUGUAUUUGAUAGCACUGAAAAGUGGAGGAACAAAGUACAAAAGCUUUUAAAAUGCGCUUUUUUGAUGUAAGCGCGAGUAUACAUGUUGAUAUCCUGAAGAGUGCCCCAUAGUGUAAUGUGGUGUCCGGCCCCCCCCCCCCCCUUCAAAUUUCCACG